AUGACGAGACUUGAAUAGAGUGCACAACCGAACUAGCAACCUAAAACAGGAGAAAAUCACGGAAAACCACCCCUAGAUUCCAUAUUCUCCUUAAAGUUUAUAAGAGGAUUACGUUAUACUACCCACAUAUUCGUCCAGCAUAGGUUUGCUACGAGUUUCGGCGCGAUUUCCACUUUAAAAUCAGUGUAGAACUUGUGAUAUGGUUUCCACGGAUUUGUCAAACAUGAGAGGAUAGCUAUGUUCUGAACGUUUGUUGUUUAAUCUUCUUUAUUUGUGGACUUCCAUAGUCCUGAAUCCGCCACAAUGACUUCCAAGUCGGGAAUUACAGACAGAAUUGAUCCUUUUAUGAACAAAGCUUCUAUAAAAUCGAAGAAGCAAAAAAGAUCUCAGGGUUCAUCUCAUUACAGAACUAAAAAUGCACCUGAACUGCAAGCAUUACCUCAUUUGAAAGACACAGCACCGGCAGAUCAGCAAGAACUGUUCAUAAAGAAGCUGCAGCAAUGUUGUGCCGUGUUCGACUUCAUGGACCCUGUCUCCGACCUAAAGAGCAAGGAGGUCAAGAGGGCGGUCCUAAAUGAGCUUGUCGAUUACAUCACCGCCACACGUGGCGUUUUGGCGGAACCGGUUUACCCAGAAAUAGUCAGAAUGAUUGCCUGCAAUAUAUUCCGGACGUUACCUCCGAACGACAACCCAGAAUUUGACCAGGAGGACGAACCGACGUUGGAAGCAUCGUGGCCGCACCUACAGAUUGUCUACGAGUUUUUUCUUCGAUUCUUGGAAUCUCCGGACUUUCAGCCCAGCCAUGCAAAAAAGUUUAUUGAUCAAAAGUUCGUGCUUCAAUUGUUAGAGCUAUUUGACAGUGAAGAUCCACGAGAGAGAGACUUUCUCAAGACCGUGCUGCACAGAAUAUACGGGAAAUUCUUAGGCUUACGGGCUUUCAUUAGGAAACAAAUUAAUAAUAUAUUUCUUAGGUUUAUAUAUGAAACAGAAUCAUUUAAUGGUGUUGGUGAAUUGCUAGAGAUUUUAGGCAGCAUUAUCAACGGGUUUGCUCUACCAUUAAAGUCAGAACACAAACAGUUUUUAAUGAAGGUGUUGAUACCACUUCAUAAAGCCAAAAGUCUGAGCUUAUAUCACGCCCAGUUGGCUUACUGUGUGGUACAGUUUUUGGAAAAGGACGCCAGCCUAACUGAAGAUGUUAUAAAAGGUCUGCUUAAAUUCUGGCCAAAAACCUGUAGUCAAAAAGAGGUUAUGUUUCUGGGCGAGAUUGAGGAGAUCCUGGACGUGAUUGAGCCCACCCAGUUCCAGAAGAUAAUGGAGCCACUCUUCCGACAGAUUUCCAGAUGUGUCUCCAGUCCACACUUCCAGGUAGCUGAACGGGCCCUUUACUACUGGAACAACGACUAUGUGAUACAGUUGAUCGAGGAGAACUCAGGCGUGAUUCUGCCCAUCAUGUUCCCCGCGCUCUACAAAAUCUCGAAGGAACACUGGAACCAGACUAUAGUAGCUCUUGUUUACAAUGUUCUCAAGACAUUUAUGGAGAUGAAUAGUAAACUCUUUGAUGACCUGACGGCCAACUACAAGUCUGAGAGGCAAAAGUGA